AUGGUAGAUGACAAGGAAAGGAACAUGAAAUGUCUCACCUUCUUCUUGAUGCUUCCAGAGACGGUAAAGAACAGGUCCAAGAAAAGCUCGAAGAAAACAAAUCCCAGCAGCAGCAGCAGCAGCAGCAGCAGCAGCAAGUUGCCUCCAGUUUGUUAUGAAAUAAUUACCUUGAAGACUAAAAAGAAGAAGAAGAUGGCUGCUGAUAUAUUCCCCCGCAAAAAACCAGCCAGCUCCAGCAGCACCACUGUCCAGCAGUACCACCAGCAGAAUCUCAGUAACAACAACCUUAUUCCUGCCCCGAAUUGGCAGGGGCUCUAUCCCACCAUUAGGGAGAGAAAUGCGGUGAUGUUCAAUAAUGAUCUGAUGGCAGACGUACACUUUGUGGUUGGGCCACCAGGCGGGACGCAGCGGUUGCCAGGACACAAAUACGUCUUAGCUGUUGGGAGCUCUGUGUUCCAUGCAAUGUUUUACGGAGAACUUGCCGAGGACAAAGAUGAGAUCCGUAUACCAGAUGUCGACCCUGCGGCUUUCCUCGCCAUGCUGAAAUACAUCUAUUGUGAUGAAAUUGACUUGGCUGCUGACACGGUCUUGGCCACUCUUUAUGCUGCCAAAAAGUACAUCGUCCCUCACCUCGCCAGGGCCUGCGUCAAUUUCCUGGAGACCAGCCUGAGCGCCAAGAACGCCUGUGUGCUCCUGUCCCAGAGCUGCUUGUUCGAGGAGCCGGACCUCACCCAGCGCUGCUGGGAGGUGAUCGACGCUCAGGCCGAGCUGGCGCUCAAGUCCGAGGGGUUCUGCGACAUCGACUUCCAGACCCUGGAAAGCAUCCUCCGCAGGGAAACUCUGAAUGCCAAAGAAAUUGUGGUCUUCGAGGCCGCCCUCAACUGGGCUGAGGUGGAAUGCCAGCGACAGGAUCUGGCUUUGAGCAUUGAGAACAAGCGCAAGGUGCUGGGCAAGGCGCUCUACUUGAUCCGCAUCCCGACCAUGGCCCUGGACGAUUUCGCCAACGGUGCAGCGCAGUCCGGCGUCUUGACUCUGAACGAGACCAACGACAUCUUCCUGUGGUACACGGCGGCCAAGAAGCCCGAGCUGCAGUUCGUGAGCAAGGCCCGCAAGGGGCUGGUGCCGCAGCGCUGCCACCGCUUCCAGUCCUGCGCCUACCGGAGCAACCAGUGGCGCUACCGGGGCCGCUGCGACAGCAUCCAGUUCGCCGUGGACAAGCGGGUCUUCAUCGCGGGCUUCGGGCUGUACGGCUCCAGCUGCGGCUCGGCCGAGUACAGCGCCAAGAUCGAGCUCAAGCGGCAGGGCGCGGUGCUGGGGCAGAGCCUGAGCAAGUACUUCUCGGACGGCUCCAGCAGCACCUUCCCCGUCUGGUUCGAGCACCCGGUGCAGGUCGAGCCGGACACCUUCUACACGGCCAGCGUCAUCCUGGACGGCAGCGAGCUCAGCUACUUCGGGCAGGAGGGCAUGACGGAGGUGCAGUGUGGCAAGGUCACCGUGCAGUUCCAGUGCUCCUCCGACAGCACCAACGGCACGGGCGUGCAGGGCGGCCAGAUCCCCGAGCUCAUCUUCUACGCCUGA